AUGACAACUGGGAAAGGCUUGUCCGAGCCACGCUGCGGAUGGAGGAUCUCCGGAUCACCGGUGAAAAGACUCCCAGUGAGCUUUUUGCUGGCAGCGGCGGGACGGGCAUUUGAAUAUGCUGAAAUUCUUGAAGCUACAGAUCGCUUGAGUGAAUCGAAUCUCAUCAAGCGUGGACGCUCCGGGGAUCUGUUUCGUGGUAGGUUGAGAGAUAAAAGUAAUGUUGUAGUCAAAAAAAUUGAUUUGUCUUCCUCUGUUGAGAAGCAAGAGAGAUUGGUAACAGAGUUGGGAGUUUUAGGGAAGGUUUCCCAUAAUAGACUGGUUCCUCUGCUGGGGUAUUGCUUGCAGAAUAAGAACAAUGAUGACAGGUUUCUGGUUUACAAGUAUAUGCCUUACAAGGAUUUGUCGAGUUUUCGUGGAUUGGAGAGUGAUGGUAAUGACAGUUCCCAAUCGCUGGAUUUUGUUAGGAGGAUGAAGAUUGCAAUUGGAGCUGCAGAGGGUCUGUGCUACCUACAUCACGAAUGCGUUCCACCUCUUGCUCACAGGGAUAUUCAAGCCAGCAGCAUACUCCUCGAUGAUAGAUUUGAAGUACGUUUAGGAAGCUUAAGUGAUGUCUGUGCUCAAAAGUGGGAGACUGAGAGUCAUAAACAUAUGGUUAGCAAGUUUUUGCGGUUGCCACUGUAA